AUGCCGCUGCAAGUGCCAAGCCUGGCCAUGCCAGGGCGCUUGCAGCUGUCAGUGUGGACAGACUGCGGCGCUUUCCCUAGUGCGCUCUCCGAAGGCUGGUUUAACCCAAAGCGCUCUACAGCUGCAAGGGUAGCCAAGCCCUCAGGCAAGGAAACUCUCUUCUCUGCAGAAGCAGCCAGGGCUGCUGCGAAUCCAGCACAACUGCUCCCAGGUGAACUGACUUGUUCAGUGUGUCUAGAUUAUUUUAAAGAUCUAGUGUAUCUAGAUUGUGGGCACAAUUUCUGCCAGGCCUGCAUCUCUCAGUGCUGGGAGGCACUGAGUAUGAACUUCUCCUGUCCUGAGUGCAGAGAAACCUUUUCCCAGAGAAACUUCAAACCAAACAGACAGCUAAGGAAUAUUGUAGAAGCUUCCAGACCACUUACACUGGAGCCAACAAAAGAACCAGAAGUUGGGAAAGUGUGUGAAAAACACCAGAAGGCUUUAGAUGUCUUCUGCCAAGAGGAUCAAACACCCAUUUGUUUGGUUUGUCAUCUGUCCCAAGAUCACAGAGAACACACUGUGGUUCCCAUAGAGGAGGCUGCCCAGAAUUACAAGAUAAGAAAUCAGGGGAUGGACCAAAUUUGGAGCCUUUUGGAGAUUUUGAGGGAAGAGAGAGAAGAUAUUCUGUCAUUUAAACUGAGUGGGGAAAAUAAAAGCCAUGAACUCUUGAAACAGCUAGAAACUGAGAAGCAGAAGAUUGUGUCUGAAUUUCAGCAACUGCGGCAGUUUUUGGAGGAACAAGAGCGACUCCAGCUGGCCCAGUUGGACGAGCUGAAUAAGGAAAUUGAAAAGGGGAGGGCUGAGUAUGUUGCCAAAUUAUCUGAGGAAAUAUCUUCUUUCAGUUCCCUGAUCAUUGAGAUGGAGCAGAAAUGCCAGCAGCCAGCGAGUGAAUUCCUGCAGGACAUCAAAGACACCUUGAGCAGAUGUGAGAGGGAGGAGUUUCAGAACCCUGUGGCCUUUUCUUCUGAACUGAAAUGGAGAAUCUGGGAAUCUUCUCAAAGAAAUGCAUCUCUGAAGACCAUAAUGAAGAAAUUCAAAGGCUUACUGUCGUCUAGACAGCAGUUGCACAAAGUGAAUGUGACUCUGGAUCCAGACACAGCCCAUCACGACCUCACCGUGUCUGUGGAUCGGAAAAGUGUGAGAUGGGGAGACGCAGGGCAGGAUCCGCCCGACAACCCUGAGAGAUUUGACUCUCUGCCCUGUGUGCUGGGCAGUGAGGGAUUCACCUCAGGGAGACAUUACUGGGAGGGGGAGGGAGUCUGUGUUGUGGGGGUGGCCAGAAAGUCUGUGAGCAGGAAGGGAUGGAUCAGCCCUAACCCCAAGGGGGGGAUCUGGGCUGUGGAGUGCAGUGAGGAUCAGUACGAGGCUCUCACGUCCCCUGUGCAGCACAUUGCCUUGUCCCCGAGCCAGGCACCCCGCAGGAUCUGGGUUUAUCUGGACUAUGAAUAGAGGUGGGUGGCGUUUUUCGAUGCUGGUAAAGGGGACCCAAUCAUCACUUUCCCACCGGCCUCUUUCGCUGGGGAGAGAAUCCACCCGUUCUUCUGGGUUGAUCUUAGUGUGCGGCUCCUCUAGCUCCCACUCGGCUGAUCUCUAUUGUUAGGAUAUAGAUAUUCAAGCCUGUCUGCCUAUACUUUAAGAAUUUA